AUGUUCCAGAGCCUGGAGGUGCCGGCCUCCAGCGGCGGCUCCCCGGUCGUGCUCAUGGGACAAGCCGUGCUCAGCCCGGGCUUCGCCGCCAGCCCUCCCUCCCUGCCACCUAUGCAAGCGGCGCCGCGCCAGCAGCAGCAGCAGCCCCAGCACUACCUGCAGGUGCAAACUGCAAGUUCUUUGCACAGUGAGCAAGCCGAUUCUUUGCUCCUGCCAUCCUACUCGCCACAGCAAGGAAAUAUGGGCUAUCAUCAGGCACAGCAGCAGCAGCAGCAACUAACACCAAGAAGAAGCAAUAGCUUAUCAGAAGCAUCAAAUUUACCGCAGCCGCUGCGAUAGAGUCCCACCAGCACAACCAAUGCACGAUUAGCUUUAACCAAGGGGCGCCUGGGGCACAGGAGAGUGACUCUGUACUUCGUGUUCUGCCUUUUGCACAGGCA